UUGCUUAUAAAUAACCAUCUCUACAAUAAUUAUCUCAUGUCAACCUGUUUUGACUAAAUUCAAGUAUGUGCAAAAUCAGAUGUUGUUGCCAUACACGUUUCUUUCAUACAUAUAUCGUACUAUAUGAUUUCUACGCAAGUUCCCGUGGCAACGCCCUAUCUAGUAAUUAAAGUAAGUGAACUCACAUAACCGAUAAAUAAAAGAGCACAUACAAGGAUUUGAUACAAGGUACUACCAUGUACCCGAAGUCCAGAGGAGAACGUACUCCUUAUGUGAUUAGAAGGCAAAUGGUGAGGGGAGGUUGACGCCUACCCCUGGUUGCUCCGUCAUCUUUUGUGUGCUCGGGACUUCACGAUAGGAUCCUUCCUAAUUUUCUGGGAUUUUUUCUGUCUGCAGUUUUUAACUGCAUUUAAGCCCCAAGAAACGUAAAAAUUAGUAAAAAAACAAUGAAAACAUGGAUGCAAAGUUCAAAAGGAAUACACGGUUUCGACAUGUCAAUCUCCUAUUCACCCCUCCCCUCCCCUCUUAUGUUGACGUAGUCCAUCCAACAAACACAUCCUUAGUUGAGAAGCAAAUCAGGCAUGGAAGACGAUCGAAAGGACGUGCAUUCUUCUCGGCUCCACGGUUCCCAAGGGAGGUGAACUUUUAAGGAAGUAAUUUAUUUGGAAGUAAUUAAAUCACCAAGCUAGCUUGACGGAGGAUCUCCGAAGAACAUAUGACGGGACAACGUAGCCGGAAGAUCUAGAGAUGUUCGAGAUCACCUUAAAAUAUUUAGAAGUGUUCACACCUCUUGAUGCUUCUGGUAGUGGGCUGCACCACGAAAAUCAUGUUUAUCGCAUCACUUAUCUCUUACUCGGUCCAUCUCUGGAUCACUUUGUCUUGUGUGCCAUACCUAAUUUCCUCAGUGUCUCUCUCUCUCUCUCUCUCUCUCUCUCUCCAAACACUUCAAAGUAUGGAGUCAGAUAUCUAACAUCUGACGCCUUUGUACGCUUCUAGUAGUGGGCUCCACCACUGGAAUCACAAUACCACACCGCUUAUCUCUUCCUCGGUCCAUCUUGACCAAUUUUUCUUUUUGUAUUUUGUCCCUUUCCUCGGUCUCUCUCUCUCUCUAUGUGUCCCCUCUCUCUCACCCCCUUCCCCUAGGCGGUAUCACCGCUCUAGAUAGAGCACUACAAGACAGCCUUGCUGGCAUCGAGGCCCAUGGACACGCAGCCCAACCUUGCCACCAGAGAGGGACCAUGGAAACAGCAUAGUUGCAUCUUCCCUAGAGAGCAAAUGUUUCGGCGGCUAACGCGGUCCUCUUCGAACCCCUCUGCAAGCUCCAUCCCCGUGGUCGCCAACCUCGCCGAGGCUCGCCUUCAAGAGGGUGGUGACUGAUAACUUCAAGAGGGGUCCCGACCUCUAGCCAUCCAGAAUUGGAAGAAAAGUGAGGCAGAGAUGGACUUGGUAGGUCAACGGUCUCAUCAUCGCGUGCUUACAAUGGUUCCUGAGGAGACCAAAUCAAAGAAGCAAAAAAAUGAGGAUUGCAUCAUAAACUGUCUCCCAAGAGAUCUCAUGGAGCGGGUAUUUUUGAAGCUUCCAGUGAGCACUUUGGUAACAUGCUUUAUUGUGUGCAAGCACUGGUACCACUUCAUCCGAGAUCCCCAGUUUGUCACAGCACACCUCCAGCAUGCACCCCGUUACGCCCUUCUAUUCUUCCCACAAGAGUUGGCUUUAGGCAAGCUCUACCCUAGUGAUGCUAUCCUGAUUGACGAAGCCUGGUCACCAUCGACAUAUGCAGUGCCGGUUAUUGGGCCUGAUGAUUUCCUUUUUGGUUCAUGUAAUGGGCUUCUUGGAUUAUACACAAAGACAUCGACUAUCAAAAUAGCCAACCUUGCAACUGGUGAAUGCCUACAUCUGGAGAAACCUGUAAAGAAUAUGAGAGGCGAUCACUUCUCUUUCUACAACUUUGGAUUUCACCCAGUGACAGAAGAGUACAAGAUUACGCACUUCCUUGGUGAUUGCGCGGACGCGGAGGCUCACCCCCGUAAUAAGCACAGAUUCAGCGUCAUUCAAGUUUACACACUUGGUGAUGAGAAAUGGAGAGAUAUCCCAACUCCAGAAAUCCUAAGCUUGGACAUAGUGAGAAACUCUGGAGUAGUCAAUGUUGAUGGCAAAAUGUUUUGGCUAACUGAACAAAUGACAGCUAGCUGGCAGCAUGCAGUUAUCUCCUUUGAUCUCAAGGAAGAAUGUUUUUCAAUGAUACAACUGCCAGAAGAACGUGAGGAUCGUGCAUAUAUUCAAUAUGGUCCUCGUGAGUUCUGGAUCAGAGAUAUAGAUGACAAAAUAUGUAUAAUAACUGCUCAAAGUGCUAGUUUUGAUGUCAGAUUUCUUGUUGGCGAGCUGCAGAUUUGGACACUAGACAACAUAUUGGAGCAAAGGUGGAGCAAGAAGUACAGUAUUCAGAACCCACCAAAUUACAUACCGGGUCCACAUUUUGUUCACAAGGAUAGGUUCAUGGCACAACUUACCGACUGUAGUGUAUGGUCAUCCGAGUUACUUCGUGAGAACUUUGAGAUUAACGAGAGUAAGAUGACAAAGCUGUUAGAUUUCAACCCCCAUAAGCUGCGCCACAUGCAAUCCUACAUGUGUGUGAAGUCACUUGUAAAUUUAGAUGCAUACAAGAAGGCUGGCAUUGUGCGUACGCCAAAACAGCGGGCAGGCUGGGAAUCGAAGAAGUGGGAGGCAUGGGAGGAUCAGCUUCGCAAGGUCGAGGUUAUGGGGUGCCGCGUCCACAAAUUUGAGCAUGACUUACUUGGAAUGCAGGAAAAAAUGGGUAAAAUAUACGAGCUUUUGCAGCAGAAGAGACACGACGCAGCACGACAUUUACGCGUGGAAAUCAAACAGGUGUUGCAGCAUAAGAGUGACAAUCCAAAUCAACCAAGGUCCCUCCGGCGGCUUAAUUUCCUGGAGCAAAAACAGGAGAAGGAGAACUUAAUGGCUCGUUCAAGUAGGAUGAUGGAGAUGAUGAAGGCCAUGAAGCAGCUGCAUGAUAAGAUCCAUAGUUUAUUAACAAGUCCUUUGUCGGAUCAGGAAGGGCUGCAGUCAGGGAGCGAUGGGGAGGCGCUAAGGGCAGGCGUUUCACGGCUAAGGAAAGAGGCUCAUAAUGAUCUCAUGGAGUGACGGACACCAUAAGGAUUGAAGCAGCUUCGAGAGAGGAUCAAGCUGAUGAUGAGGACGACAUCAACAUCUGAUGAUCUGCUCUUACGGGAGUGGAUUCCGAGUUGCUUUUAAUUUGCAUCAUUCGGUGAUCCUGAGAAUCAUCUGUAAUACUUAGCAAACUUCUCUAAACUUACCUUAAAGGCUUAAACUGCGCGAGUUCUUGAACCUUGUUGAAUCUGGGUUUGUUCUUGUUGAACCUUGUUGACAGCGGAACCCGGCCAAGUCUUACUCGAAUGGAAAAUAAAAGUAGUUCUAAGAGGGAUGA